AUGGCCUUAUCGCCUUUUUUCAGGAUUUAUCUCAUCUCAAGUGGACCGUUGAAGAAAUAUAAUGACCUUAAUCUGGGGAAGCUCCGGUAUCUGGCCAGUGCCAUUGUGGUGGAUACUGAAGCUCGGCAAACUUCGAAAGUUAUUAAACUUCUGCAGUGGCUGUCUGAUAUUGGCAUGAAACCUAUGAAGCAUGGACACAUUGUAGAAACUUCCAUGUUGUGUCGUGUCGGACAUGCUUGGACACGUAGUCAACACGUGUCAGAUUGGGGGGUCUUGCAGAAAUCUAAGGAUGCUAUCUUGGAGAAGUUGAGCCGUAUUAGAUUAUUUGAGGAAACUGAUGAGAUGUUACCCGUUGACAAAAAAAAAAACAUGACCCUUGAACUUGCUUCACCAUCUGAUGGGAGGGAAGCUGUGGCAAAAGCUGCUAAUUUACUUUUCUCAAAGCAUUUGGAACUGAGAAAUACCACUGAGGAUCAGGGGGAGAAUAUUUUUACGGAAGCUCAUAUGACUGAGGCACUCAGAGCUGUUGGUUGUAGUGGGCCAGAUCCUGACCUCCUAUUAAUUUAUGGACCUGCAAGAUGCCACUUAGGUUUCCCCCCAUGGAGGCUCCGAUAUACAGAGAUUGUACACAUGGGACCCUUGAACUCCAUGAAACAUGGUUCAUUAAUGAAGGCAAUAUACAAAUUCACAUUGGUUCGCCAAAAUUAUGGUAUGGGAUGA